CCCCAUCAACAUAAAACUGAAGUCCUCUACUCUCAAGUUGUCUGAUCCCUCAUUGCACGGCGAAUAUUACCUUGUGGUGCGAAUUUGCUGUUCAUCAAUACCAAGUCGCGUCAUCUCCGCGAGGUAGAAUCGGCUUCUAGGUUGCCUUUGGCAUGGAGAAGAGAAAGCCUAAGCAGGCCGAUCCUUUGGGUGAAAAUGUUCAGCUUGAUGAAGCUGUUUUGGCCAAGCUUCCAACAGGCUGCAAAGUACUGUCGGUAGCCCCGUCAGGCCAGAGUCUUUGGGUGGCCACAGUCAAGAUUGUGGUUCAACAGGAAGAUGGGACGAUAAGCGAGUAUUUCAAGAAGGGAGCUCCAGGUGCGGUUGGAGUAGAUAUGAUGAAAGGCACAUUCGAAGCCGAGAAUGCUCUUUACACAUUCGCUCCAGGCCAGGUUCCGAAGCCGAUCGGGUGGGGGACCUAUGCGAGUGACCCGGACACGCAUUUCUAUCUUUGCGAGUUUGUGGAAAUGUACGACGACCUCCCUGGCGCUCGAGAUUGGGCGACUUCUGUGUCGAAUCUUCACCUCAACAGCAUGGGCAAAUCCCCGACAGGGCAAUUCGGUUUCCAUGUCACUACCCAUCUCGCCAAUGUGCCAGUCGAUAAUACAUGGAACUCUUCUUGGGAAUCGUUCUGGAGACAGCAGAUGAAGAGCCUUUUCGAUCAGGACGACCGUGUCCACGGAACGGAUUACGAGUUGACCGCGCUCAAGACCGCGUUUCUCAAUAAGGUGAUACCGAGAUACCUUGGCCCACUUGAGUCAGAGGGACGAUCUAUCAAGCCUUGCCUCAUCCACUCCGAUCUAUGGCCUGGCAACAUCAAGCCUAAGACGUCCACAGACGAAUUGUGCUUGUUCGACGCAUGCGCAUAUUGGGGACAUAACGAAGCCGACAUUGGUAUCUGCCGAAACCCGAGAUACAAGCUUGGUCAGCCGUGUAUCCGCGAAUAUCUCAAAAGGGUGCCAGCGUCCGAACCCGCAGCGGAUUUUGAAGGCAGAAACGCAGUGUACGCGAUGAAGUUCCAUACGCUACUGUCAGUCAUGUACUCCAAAGACAAAAGAUUUAGACAGACGCUCAGGAAUGAGCUAGAGGAGAUCAUCGGGAAGAUGGGGCUAUCAAUGUCUGUUGAAGAUGAUGAAGGAGACCCGAUCUUGAAACUGUGA